UGGCAGCCUCUCUGCUCCAACAGGACUGAGCAGGAGCCCUGUUCCAGUCACCUCAGAAGGAGGCCGUGUCAGGCUUCCAACCGGUUGUCCCCAUUGGAAACACAUGGACCAGAAAACUGCAUGCGUUCCCCUCACGUGUGACUGUUGCCCUUGCCUCUCCCCUCACGGUGGGAGCUUGCCAUUGUGGUGAAGAAGGGGAGGGAGCUUUGCUCUGGAGUUCUCUGACUUGGGAGCUGCAGAUGCUCUGGUAAAACAAAUAUAAAAUGAAUGACAAGACAUUCUCCUUCUUGGUGGGCAUCUUCUCUGUCCUCAACACCAUCCAGUUCCUCAUCUUUGACUCGAACCAGGUUACAUUCAUUGGCUACGAGGACAAGUUCAACAUCUACACAGACACAAACUCUGAGGUAGUCUCUUGGGUCAUCAUCAACAGGAGGAACACCAGCAUCGGGCUAUCCGUCAUCACCAUCGUGGUCAGCUGCUUGCUCUUCUAUUGCCUUCACGUGAACAACUACGUGGGGCUGCUGUGCUAUGUCUUGUGGAUCAUCGCCUAUGAGCUCAUCAACUUCUCCAUGGUCCUGCUCAUCAACGGGACCAUCAAAGAGCAGUUCAAGGAGCUGAGUUACCUGCACUUGACCAUCCAAAUCUCCCGCAUGCUCCUGCAUUUCCUCUGUCUGCCCUUGGUCACCAAGCAUAUGUACUCCCUUUACAAGGACCCCAAGAUGUUAGGCAAGAUAGGCCGCCGCAGGUACUCCUCCAUCAGUAUAGUCGAUUUGUGGCCGCCUGUUGGGCCACCUCUUAGGCCAGGAACAUUGUACCGCAAGAGGAACUGA